AUGGCUUGGAAGCUGGAACCAGUGAAGGAGUGGAGUGGGGCAGGGGGACAGAAUGGAGCGUGUGGCCGUUCCUUCCUGAAAAUCGUGGGAGGAGUGCAUGCAGAGGAAGGAAAGUGGCCCUGGCAGGUGAGCGUGAGGAUCAACGGCAGGCACAUCUGCGGAGGCUCCCUCGUCACGUCGAAGUGGGUGGUGACUUCGGCCCACUGCAUUAUGGGCCGUUUCCGUUACAGUGUCAAGAUGGGAGAUCGGAGUAUCCAUGAGAAAAACACAAGUCUGGUGGUCCCUGUUAAAAACGUCAUUGUCCACCCUCAGUUUGCAACUUUUACAACCGUUGAAAAUGACCUUGCCAUUCUCAAGCUCCUCUACUCUGUGAAUUUUACUUCCAACAUCCAGCCUAUCUGCAUCCCUCGGGAAACUUUCCAGGUGGAAGCUGGGACCAAGUGCUGGGUGACUGGAUGGGGCAAAACAAAAGAAGUGGAAAAUCUUCCAGCAGAAAUUCUCCAGGAGGUGGAGGUACAGGUCAUCCGCUAUGAAAAAUGUAAUGAGAUGAUGCAGAAGAUCUUGUCAUCUGCUAGGGAUAUAGUACAAAAAGGGAUGCUCUGUGGCUAUGGAGGAAAAGGAAAGGAUUCUUGUCAGGGAGAUUCUGGGGGCCCCAUGGCCUGUGAAUAUAAUGACACGUGGGUCCAAGUGGGGAUUGUGAGCUGGGGUAUCGGCUGUGGUCGUGAAGGAAUACCUGGAGUUUACACAGAAAUUGCUUUCUACAGCAAGUGGCUGGUUGCAGUGGUGAACCAGUCUACCUCUUUGUAUUCGGUGGUGUUCCUCAUCUUACUCCUAUGCUUUGUGCAGUCCCUGGGCAUCUUGGUGACUCCAUGA